CCCUAAAUCUCAAUCUGCUCCAAUUUAGGUGAGUUCUCAAUUUAAACUUCCAUUAGAAGUAGGUAGAUUUGAAUCCUUUUUCAAGUGGAAAUUGGACUUUGCGCCCUGCCCUUUAUAUAAAUCAACCCCUACUUAUCAAUCGCCACAUUAACAACAUCAAAUUUUCAGCACAAAUAAUAAAAGCAGCAGGAAAAUUAAUGACAAGGUUACUACUUGGAUCAUCACCAAUUGACAAGUUGGUGUACAACUGGUUGUACGACGUGAUCAACAAGUCCGUUCAAUGGCAAGAUGAAAUUUUCUUCUCCCUUUGUGCUUCGUAUGCUCUCGUUUCAAUUGUUGCGUUAAUUCAAUUAGUAAGAAUUCAUUUAAGGGUACCUCAAUAUGGUUGGACAACACAAAAAGUGUUCAAUCAAAUGAACUUUAUUGCAAAUGGUGUUGGUGCAAUCGUCUUUGAAUUUCACAAACACAUUUUUCUGUUCUAUCCUAAUAAGGUCCUUCUGACUCGCGCAAUUUUGGACCUACAAGGACUCCUUUUCUUUUCAACAUUCACAAUCCUUAUUUUAUUUUGGGCUGAGAUAUAUCACCAAGCUACGAAUAGUUUAUCAUCAACAUAUAAGUUGAGGAUUUCUUAUUUUUCGAUAAAUGGUGCAAUAUACUUGAUUCAGGCUUGUAUUUAUAUCGUGGUCGAGGACAAUAACACAGUGAAAUUAUUACUAUUCAUAGGGAGGAUAUUUAUAGAAAUUAUAUCGUUUAUUGCAGCAUUGGGCUUUUUGAUAUAUUCACCAUCACUAUAUCACCUUCAAUUCUUCUUCUUCUUCUUCAUCACCCACCACAAAAUAUCACUAGAACCAUUAUCGAAAACCCAAAUACAGAGCACCAGAUUUUUAUUUUUACAAAAAAAUCUUAAGUUUUUUUCAUCAACACCAUUUGUAAGACCCAGAAGUCGAAAAGUCAAAACGAGGGAAAUUGGAGGAUUUUUGGACGGUGUCAAUUCAAAUGAGUCGACCUACGACUCGUAG